GACGCAGCAGCAGUCACCAUUUUGAUUCAGCGGUUCAGAGGUUCACAUCUACUUUACAAGACCUGAACAACAGACCAGGAGCAGUUCCGGUAAUAAAGAACAUAUUGCAAAUAAAAUGAGCCGUGUUUUUAUUGGCCGCUUGAGCCCACAUGCAAGAGAAAGAGAUGUGGAGAAGUUUUUCAAGGGAUAUGGACGGAUUCGAGAGAUCAACUUGAAGAAUGGGUUUGGAUUUGUGGAAUUUGAUGACCACAGAGAUGCAGAUGAUGCUGUGUAUGAGCUGAAUGGGAAGGAAUUGUGCAGUGAAAGGGUCACUGUUGAACAUGCUCGCUCCAGAAGAGGAGGAAGAGGAGGAGGAGGAGGAGGCGGCGGUGGCGGUGGCGGUGGCCCUAGUCCUGGAAUGGGACGUUUUGGAGGUGGUUAUCGACGUAACAAUGCCAGAUAUGGCCCUCCUGUGCGAACUGACUACAGACUUAUUGUGGAGAACCUCUCUUCACGGAUCAGCUGGCAGGACCUGAAAGACCUGAUGAGGAAAGCAGGUGAAGUGACCUUUGUGGACGCACACCGACCCACUCAAAAUGAAGGGGUGGUUGAGUUUGCUUCGCGCCAUGACCUGAAGAAUGCCAUCUCCAAGCUUAAUGGUACAGAAGUGAAUGGACGCAGGCUGAAGCUCUAUGAGGACAGUAAGAGGAGUAGCUCCCGCAGCUAUUCUCGCUCCAGGAGUCGCUCAAGGAGCCGCAGUCGCUCUAGAAGCAGCUCCAGAUCUGUGAGCCGCACCCCAGAAAGGAGGAAAUCAUCAGGAGGGGCCAAGCCCCCUGCCAGAUCCAUGUCCAGAUCCAAGUCUCGCUCCAAAUCCCGCUCCAAGUCUCGCUCAAAGUCUCACUCCAAAUCCCGCUCCAAGUUUCGCUCCAAAUCCCGCUCAAAGUCCCGUUCCAAGUCCCGCUCAAAGUCCCGUUCCAAGUCCCGUUCCAAGUCCCGUUCCAAGUCCCGCUCAAAGUCCCGUUCCAAGUCCCGCUCAAAGUCUCGUUCACCUGCCCCUGCCCCUGCUCCAAAUAAUUUGUCUGGUUCCAGAUCCCGUUCUCAUUCAAGAUCUCGCUCCCGCUCUGCCUCAGCUGACAGUAAACACUAAGUUAGCUGCACCUGAAGGUCAGAAUGUAGAGUUCUACUUCCUCUUUCUUGGUCUGAUUGUUUAUACGGGAUUUGUUUUUCAUGAUGGGAUGAACAGUCUUUGUCGUGGAAAAAAAGACAAAAACUUUGAUCAUCAGUAAAUGUUUGAAAGUUUAAGUGAGAUCCAUUUCUUUGUAAUUCUUGUAAUAAUUCUUUCCACAGAAGUUAAAUUCGGUGAAAGUAAAAAAGAAAAAACAAAAAUUCUUUGGCUCCUUUUGUUUUAGUAGCGAUACUGUUUAUUUUUUUAAUCAUUCUUUCUACUUUGUGCUUUCCCAGGUUUUGAUAAAAAAUACUGUAAAUCGUCUUAUCAAAUACAUUUCUAUCCAUGAUUCAAGUUCAGUUUUAUUCUCAUUUAAAGUUUUUUUUAUGUUGAAUUGUCUGAUUAGCCCUGUGUGUGAUUUACAUUCAGUACAUUUAAUUUGGUAUUUGAACUUGUUUUCUUUAUCAUCAUCAUUGUCCUUGAAAGUCUGAAAUUUAUUUUUUACAAAAUGUCUUAUUUUAGUCGAGGAUUUUUUGUAAAUGGCUCUAUAAACUUAAUUUCUUGCCUGUAGGGCUAAAUCUGAUACAAGAUUGUCUGUAAAUCUUUAUUAAUUUGUUACUAAUAAAAAGGCUACUUUUUUCUCUUGUUUAAAA